CAGCUGUUGAAUAAUUCUUGGUUGUUUUUCUAGAACGCUUAACCAUAAUGAUGUUAAAAUUAUCGUUGUGGUUACUCUUUGUCGUUGCUUGCGUUCAAGCAAAAAAAAGGGACGGUGACAGCAGAAUAAUAAAAGGAAGGCCAGCGCAAGAUGGAACGUUACCAUACAUGGCAUCAAUCCAGGUUACUGGGCAAGGCCACAAGUGUGGAGGUGCCAUACUUGAUUCCAAGUGGAUUCUAACUUCCGGACAUUGUAUUGCCCGAGUAUUGCCCAAUAUUGACAAGCUUAAAGUAGUGGUUGGCACCAUUAGCUUAAAGGCUGGAGGUCAAAAGUUCAACGUAUCAAAGGUUACAGUGCAUCCCGAUUUCGAUAAAUCAAAACUUAUUAAUGAUAUAGCCCUUCUACAAGUCUCUACACCUAUGGAAUUUGGUGAUAAGGUGCAAGCUAUAGCUUUACCAGAUAAGGAUACAGAGACAGGAGCAAACGUUUUGGUUUCCGGGUGGGGAUUAACACAAAAUAAACAAAAUGCUUACCCAGACAGGCUACAAGUUCUCAAUCGAAUUGCACUAUCAAUUGAAAACUGCAAGGAUGUAAUAGGAGACGUGUCAAAUGAAAAGAUAUUGUGUACCGUACCUCAAAAAAAGGGAACUGGUAUCUGCAUAGGAGACGCGGGCAACCCUCUAGUGGAAGGCAAGGCAAUAGUUGGUGUCGCCUCAUUCAUAUUAUUUGAUUGUGGUUCAAAAUACCCCGACGGAUAUGCAAGUGUCUUUGCUUACAAAGAUUGGAUAAAAAAGAAUAUGUCAUAAGUGUUCAAUGUAAAAACUUAAAAACAACAAUUAAAUAAAAUGUAAAAAAAACUAAUGAGUCCAUAAAUUAAUUUAAAAUUGAAAAAAACACUUGUUCGGUGCACUAAUUGUUUAAGAGAAUCUAUUUAACAAACUAAGACAAUAUGGUUUAAUCUUAAAAAAUAUAUUUAAUUU